AUGACGUGGCCAUCGUGGAAGAAGGCAUUUCAGAAUUACUUGGUUGCGUCUGGCCUAGACAAAGAGUCAACAACCCGCCGUAAGGCUAUAUUGUAUCACUGCCUUGGUGCUGAAGGGCAAAGGAUUUUUGAUCUGCUACCGCCUUCUCAAACGUCCGCUACCAACUCAGUUGCAACUACAACGGAAUCCACGGAGUCACCAUCCGAGACCGCCGCAGAUGAGAUGGAAAUAGCUCUCAAGACCUUGGAUACUCACUACACUACCACCGUUAAUCCUAUCGCCGAGCGACACAAAUUUCGUCAGCGCCGUCAGCAGCUCGGUGAGUCAAUUUAUGACUACGUCCUGGCUCUUCGAGAACUUGCCAGUACCUGUGACUUCGGGGCGACGCUUGAUUCCAUGAUACGCGAUCAAAUUGUCGAAUCCACCAACAUACCUCAUCUUCGUGAACGCCUCCUCCUAGAAGGCCGUACGCUUACGUUGGCUCGUACAAUUAUGCUUGCACGGCAGUUUCAACAGUCACAAAAGGAAUCAAGAGAAUUUGCUGUUGAGAGCGAGCACGAGGAAGUUCAACAAGUCACAAGACAGCCUGCAAGGAAACCUAUGCAGAAGCGACAGGGCGAUCGCUCGAGCAAACGCUCUGCUACGCGAACUCAAUGUUUUCGCUGUGGCUCUAGGGAUCACUUGGCGAAUUCUCCUUCAUGUAAAGCCCGCAAUCAGAGAUGCUCCGCAUGCGGCAAGAUGGGGCACUUCCGUUCCGUUUGCCGCUCUCUGGGACAACUACGUCAACUUACGGAUGAACUUCCGUCACAAGAUUCCAUUACGAACUCCGAAGUACAAACUACCUUACAGUUGGAUACUUCUGCUGCAAAGAAAACUGGGAUCUACGUUACGUUGUCUGUCUCAGAGAGGGACAUACGUUUUCUCAUUGACACGGGAUCUUCAGCAACGAUUAUGUCUUCUGCCGUCUACGAGGGGCAUUUUGCAUCCUUGCAUCCUCUGAAGCCGACAUCUGUGAGCCUGUACGAUUUCUCCAAACGCUCAAUUCCCAUUCAGGGACGUUUUUCGGCACCGGUCAAGUACGCAAAUCGUUCAGCAUGUCUGAAUUUCUACGUAGUAUCCAAUGGCACGACACUUCUUGGCAUGGAUGCUGUCACGUCGUUGGAGUUAUGCAUUGACGGCAUGAGUCUCUCCUGCUUUAGUACGACUGCGUCGACAGUCACCGUACCCCCAGCAAUUUCAGCUGAUUUCGAACACCUUUUCGAUGGAACUCUGGGUCUGUCUAAACAUUACAUUCACAAGGUGAAGAUACGUUCCGACAUCAAGCCCGUUACAGGCAAGUUACGCCGUUUACCGUUAACAGUACGAGAACAAGUUUCUCAAGAACUACGUCGUCUGGAAGAACAGGACGUAAUCGAAAAUGUCACAGCUUCAGAGUGGGUCUCUCCAAUCGUAGUGGUAAAGAAAAAAGAUGGCUCCAUCCGCUUAUGCGUCGACCUACGCGAACCCAACAAAGCCGUCAUUGCGGACUGUUUCCCACUACCACAUACUGAGGAACUGCUUAACGCCUUAGCCGGCGCCAUGAAAUUCUCGAAACUGGAUCUGGCAUCCGCUUAUCAAGUUCCCCUACACCCAGAUAGCAGGGACUUAACCGCAUUUAUUACUCACGAGGGACUCUUCCGUUUUAAGCGCGCUGCAAAGGAGUUCUCUUCUGACGACAUCAUCGUUUACGGACAUUCGCAAGAAGAACACGACAACAACCUCCGUCAUGUACUCAAGCGUUUGUCUGCGGAAGGGUUGAAAUUGAAUCACAAGUGCGUGUUUGACGUCGUCGAGCUUACUUUCCUCGGACAUGUCGUAAAUGCCCAUGGACUGUUACCUCAAACGUCUGCAAUUCAAGCGCUACAAAGGGCCCCUCCACCUACGGAUUUAAAGUCACUUCGUUCUUUCCUGGGAUUACUUGGGUACUACUCCAAGUUUAUCCAUCACUUCGCCGAGCUGGUGGAACCGAUGCGUGAACUCCUUCGAGAGGGAAAAACUUUUGAGUGGACUUCCAGGGCGGAUCAAACUUUUAACAAGGUGAAAGCUACACUCAGCUCGUGCCCGGUUCUACACAUGUUCGAUGUACAGCUCCCAGUGGUCGUGACCACAGACGCUUCAUCAUACGGUUUGGGUGCCGUUCUGCAACAAAUUAAAGGGAACGAAGUUCGCACAGUCGCUUUUGCUUCCCGUACCUUAUCUUCGGUGGAGAGAAAGUACUCGGUUGGUGAGCGCGAAGCGCUUGCCUGCAUGUGGGCAUGCGAGCAUUGGCAUGUCUACUUGUGGGGACGCCCUUUUACUCUACGUACUGACCAUCAAGCGUUAGUAACCUUGCUUGGCACACAAGGCUCUGGACAUCGCCCUCUGCGUAUAUCAAGAUGGUCCGCCAGAUUGCUGUACUACAACUUCACUAUAGAGUACAAGAAGGGAGCCGAGAAUUAUAUUGCGGAUGCCCUAUCAAGGUUACCACUACAGUCAGAUGAUGUUGAUGAAGAAAUUGUCUGCACCAUCUCCAGCCCCAUUUCAAAAGAAGAAUUACAAGAGGCUACGUUGCUCGAUCCAGAAAUCAGCGAGGUCAUCAGUGCACUUGAACAAGCAACUUGGUCGCGACAUGCUCACAGAGCUCCCGCAAUGGGUCCGUACCAUCGCUGCGGACGUGAACUUUCAGUUGUGAAUGGACUUCUGCAUCGUGGCGAACGUUUAGUGGUCCCACGUACACUAACUUCCAGGCUGCUUGAGAUGGCACACGAGACGCACCCUGGAAUUGUGCGUACAAAGCAGCGACUUAGAGAUUUGUACUGGUGGCCCGGGAAUGAUGCCCAAGUGGAAAAAAUGGUGCACGAUUGCUCUAUCUGUCAGUCUGCUGACAAAUCUGCCAAGGUUGCAUCUGCACCUUUGCACCCAGUAGUAUUCCCAGCUACACCAUGGUCAAAAAUGGGAAUGGACAUAGUUGGACCGUUCGAAGACUCUCCUCCUUCGUGCCGUUACGCCAUAACGCUUUUGGAUUACCAUAGCAAGUGGCCAGAAAUUUCAUUUGCGCCCGCUGUUACAACAUCUACAGUGGAAGCAUUCCUUAUGCACGUAUUCAGUCGCGAAGGCUACCCCGAGGAGAAAGUCACAGACAAUGGCCCGCAAUUUGUGUCCACACACUUCAAAGCCUUCCUGCGAGAACGAGGUAUUCAGCACACGACAGUAUCCGUCUACUAUCCACAAGCCAACGGUCAAGUUGAACGUUUCAACAGAGUGCUCAAGGACACCAUACAAGUUGCAAUACUACAGCGCAAAGACAUCAAACGCGCAAUCCUUGAGCAUCUCGCGGUAUACAGAAGCACACCGCACGCUACAACAGGUGUCUCUCCAGCAGUGCUUCUGCAUGGCCGGAACUUUCGAACGCGCGUCAACGUGGUAGGACUUCAAAAGCCCUCAGCAACACCCGACAUGUCGAGAGUCAAGGCACGUGUGUCGUCAAAACAGAGUAAGCAGAAGGUCUACACCGACGACAAGCGAUCUGCAAGGUUCCGCAAAUUCAUGCCGGGAGACUAUGUUCGAGUGCGUCUACCGGGUCGCCGAAAGAAAGGACGGCCAAAUUUUUCUACACCCUUGAGAAUCAUCGCUUCCCGGGGACCACUAUCUUUUUUGCUGGAAGACGGCAGGAUAUGGCAUUCGUCGAAAUUUACACCAUUUUAUGGUGAGCUGAGGCCACCAGAAGGCCAAGUACAACCGGACGUACCGCCCCCUUUCGGCUACUCUUGGUGGCCUAUUGACGACAACGCACCUGUUUCGGAUAGUGCAUAUGUCUCCCCUCAAGACCAAGCUCCGCACAAAGCCGCAAGAGUACAUCCGCUGCCAUCUCUCGAACAGCAGGACCCGCCUCUACGCAGAAGCACACGACAACGUUCCGCUCCUGUCCGUUACCCGGCAAACGAGAACGACGCACCACAGGACAUUGCCGACGACAGAGCGCACUAA